CGCGCACACAAGAGGUGAAAGUUUCCUUGAACGCUGACAACUAACUUUUCGUUAAUUUGUCAAGCGUUUCUGACCUUAGCAGUUGACAACCUGAGAACGGGAUCGUCGCUUUAGACCGACUUCCCGUCCGGUUCAGACAUGUCUUUAGCUGACCAAAGUCAGCAAUGGUUUCCGACAAGCGUACAGGUAACGGUACUCCAGGCGAAGAACCUGAGGAUCAAGGGAAAGAAUGGCACCAACGACGCGUACGCCAUCAUGCAAGUGGCCAAAGAAAAGUUCUCAACUUCGGUGGCCGAGAAAUGCGUUGCUCCGGUGUGGAAAGAAGAGGCCACGUUUGACCUGCCGCUUUUUCACCAGGGUAAUGCGGACCGGUGUACGUUACACGUCCAUGUCAUGCACCGAGCUUUAGUUGGACCGGACAAGCUCCUCGGGCAGGCAGUUGCCAACCUGCUGGACUUGGAGCAAAAUAAGACCCGCAAUAAAACAGAAUGGUUCAAGCUACUGGAUAAAUCUGGAAAAGCCGACAAAGACAGAGGUGAGGUCCUGCUGGAUGUCCAGUUCAUGAAGAACAACAUGACUGCCAGCAUGUUCGACCUGUCCAGCCAGGAGAAGAGCCGAUCUCGCAUGGGCAAACUCAAGGACAAACUCCGCGGCAAGAAGAAGGAAGGACUGUCAGACUCGAUGUCCGCGGUGGUGCCAUCGGUCACCCAGGUCAUGACCGACAGCGAGGGCGAGGAAGAGGGGGGCGGCGCAACCUCCACGCCCAAGAAGAAGAAGAACAAGCUCAAGUCGUUGUUUGCGCCCAAGUCCAAUCUGCACCGCAACUCGUCCCAAUCCAUGUCCACGCUGGGUCCGCUGCCGGAGAGGGACUCUGCCCUGGGAUCUAGCCGCUCCUCUGGACUCAACGUGGACUCACCUGAAGCAGGCAAAAAGAAGUUCAAGUUCCUCACCCACAAACGCACGGGGAGCUCCGACAGCAAGUCCUCUCUGGGGUCCUUCUCCGGGCUGGGCCAGCCCAAGCAGUCCGGCACACUACCCAGCAACCUGUGCGUCAACGGCAGCCACGUGUACGCCGAGGAACCUGAGCGCAAGCCCUCGCGGGCGAGCUCCACCUUCAGCCUGAGCAGCUCCGGCCACGGGUCUAUGGAGGAGCUCCGCAAGUCAUCUGCCCCGAGCAGGAGCAGCAUCACCACCUCUGUGGAGUCCCUAAGGGCCUCGGGGUCACACCUGCAGGCGGAGGAGGAGGAAGAGGAGGAGAGGGAGAGGGUGGAGGAAGAGGAGAGGAGGAAGAUGAUGAGAGAAGAGGAGGAAGAGAGGAGAAGGUUGGAGGAGGAAGAGGAGGAGCAGAGGCUAGAGAAGGAGAGGGUAGAACGGGAACGGAGAAGGAUGCAGGAGGAGAGGGAGAGGAGUGAGAGGGAGGCUGAGGAAGAGAGGAAGAGAAGGGAAAAAGAAGAGGAGGAGAGAAGGAGGUUUGAAAUGGAGGAGGAGAGGAUUAGAAAAGAGCAGGAGGAGGAGGAGAGGAGACUGAAAGAAGAGGAGAGGAGGAAAGCUGAGGAAGAAAGGAUGAGGAAAGAGCAGGAUAGACUGAUGGAGGAGAGAAGGAGAGCUGAUGAAGAAAGGAUGAGGAAAGAGCAGGAGAGAUUGAUGGAGGAGGAGAGAAGGACAGCCGAGGAAGAAAGGAUGAGGAAAGAACAGGAGAGACUGAUGGAAGAGGAGAGAAGGACAGCUGAGGAAGAAAGGAUGAGGAAAGAGCAGGAGAGACUGAUUGAGGAGGAGAGAAGGACAGCUGAGGAAGAAAGGAUGAGGAAAGAACAGGAGAGACUGAUGGAGGAGGAGAGAAGGACAGCUGAUGAAGAAAGGAUGAGGAAAGAGCAGGAGAGACUAAUUGAGGAGGAGAGAAGGAGUGUGGAGGAAGAAAGAGUAAGGAGAGAGCAGGAGAGAAGAAGAGUGGAAGAAGAAGAAAGGAUCAGAAAGGAAGAAGAAGAAGAGAGGGAGAGGAUCGAGAGAGAGAAACAACAGGAGAGACAGAGAAUAGAGGAGGACAGGAGAAAGGAGGAAGAGAGGAUGAUAAUUGAGGAAGAAGAAAGGGUUAGGAGAGAGGAAGAGAGGAGGAGGGAGGAAGAGAGAAGAGAGGAAGAGAGAAUUGAAGAGGAAGAAAGGCUCAUAAGAGAGGAAAGAGAGAGGAUUUGGAGGGAGGAGGAGGAAAAAAUUGAACAUGAAACUCAGAAAGAAAAGGAGAUGAAGAGAGAGGAAGACGGGGGAAAGGCCGAGGAGGAAGAGGAGAGAAGAAGGGUUGAAGAACAGAUUAAGAAAGAGGAAGAGAGAAGAAUGUUAGAAGAGGAAGAAAGGAUGAGGAGAGAAAGGGAGGGAAUGGAGAGAGAGGAGGAAGAGGAGAGACAGAGAGUUGAGGAGGAAAGGGUUAGAAAAGAAGAAGAGAGGAGACAGGAGGAGGAGAAGGAAAUGAUAAGACAAGAGGAAGAGAGACGACGGAUUGAAAGAGAAGAAGAGAGGGCAAGAGAGGAACAAGAGCGACAGAAAGAGGAGGAGAGGAUGAGGGCUGAGCAGGAAGAGAGGAUGAAGAGAGAGGAGGAGAGGAUGAAGAUGGAAGAGGAAGAACAAAUUAGGAAAGAAGAGGAGAGAAAAAAGACUGAAAGAGAAGAGAGGAUAAGAAAGGAAGAAGUAGAGAGGAGAAAGAGAGAGGAGGAGGAAGAGAGGCAAAAGAAACUGGAGGAGGAGCAGGAGAGGAAGAGGAGAGAGAAGGAGAAAGAGGAGGAGCAGAGACAAAAGAAGAUGGAGGAGGAGGAAGUGGAGAGAACAAGGUUAGAGAGAGAGAGGAUGAAGGUCGAGCCAGACGAGGUCCACCGUGAAGAGAUGGAGUCUGCUGUAGCCCCAAGCGUCUCCUCAACCGACCUUCUCAAUGAGGGUCUCCUCACCAAUCCGUUUGAAGAUCCCUCUGCGUCCAGCAAUCUGAUUGAGGAUCCCUCUGUCUCAGCCAAUCCCUUUGUGGAGGCGGGGUCUCCACAUGAUCAACUCAGCCACUCCACUAACAUUUCUACUGUCAAGCCAAGUUCAACUAGUGUAGGAUUUCCGCCUCAAGCCUCUCAGACCUCAUCAAACCCGUUCUUGACUCCUGAUGAUCCCGAGAACGCCGUCGGUUCCGUCAGUGGAAGUGUAGAGAACCUCACUGGAGUGUGGACCCCUCACGGGGACCGCACAGAGAAGAAACGUCGUGCCCCUUUUCCUCCGAUGAGGAAGCCGGCUGCUCAGGAGAACGCCGCUGCCAAACUAGCCAUACCUCCGCAGACCUCCACUCCUACCUCGGGAGGUGGUCAGCCAGUCAGGGAGAAGGAUGGCCACAGAGCUCCAGACCCCCUCAGCUCUCGCCAGGACAAGCGUCUUGCUCCACAGCCUCCUGCUCACCUGAGGAAGGCAGACAAACCCCAGAGCUUGGAGGACACCAGGACAGGAUUGGCACCGCCACCAGGAUCUGAAACGAUGUCGUUGUGCCAGCCAGCAGGGAGUGAUGAUAUGCCAGCACCAGUGAUGCCAGCGCCAGUUACCCCAGCGCCCUCUUUGGCCUCCCAGGUGUUUAGAAACGCUUUGCAGAACUACGGCCUUGCCUUAAAAGGAAAGGUCGAGAAGGUAAAGGGCAGCCGGUCCAGCAGAGCUGAAGAAUCUCUCGCCUCAAAGAAUUCUGACGGAGGUGACAACAAGCAACAAGCCGCAUCGGAGUUGCCCAGCGUCGUUCAGCCAAGUCACCCAACCAAUCCGUUUUUAGAACCAAAAGUGUCCAAACACAACAAGGGUCCUGCACCCAAGCCCCUGGCGUCGCCGCUAAAGGUGGACCCCCCAGGAGGAUCAGCACUGGCGAUCGCAGAGCUUAAACAUUCUCCGCAAAAGGAAACCUCCUGCUUGGAUUCUCGCAGAAAGAGCAGCGAUGGCUCCGAGGGUCGUGCAAUGGAAGAGCCCAAGAAACUAGACGUGGCUGAGACGGUCCCUGUAUCGAGUGCCAAGCCAGAAGAUGACAGGCGUCAUGGCGACGACACGGGAGCGGCUGCGCACGUAGUGACCACACCAGGCUCUGCAGAGGACACUGAAGGUCACAGCACAGCGCUGGACUCUCAAGUCAAAGAUGUCCAGAAGCUUCCGAAACUGGAUGACCUUUCCAAUGUAGAGUGCACAGAUGGCCCUAAGCGAGUGUCCGAAAAGAAAACACGUGCUCCCUUACCCCCUGCCAACACCCCAAAAACACAGCCUCCUCAUUCCCUGGGUCCACUUUCAUUGCCUGUAAAUCCAGAUGACACUGCACCAGUCGAGAAGACGCCAUCAAGUCAACAUGCUAAUGUGCCAAGCGAUGUGAAGAGUGCUGAAGGCGUAGCUUCACACAUUCACUCUUCCUCCUCGCCGUUACCCGCCGGGCCCUCCGACCCACCAAGGGAGGCUGGGGGAGUCUCCGCUCCUUCGGUGGCAACUCCAAGUCCGUCUCCGCAGAGAGUCCGGCUCCAUGCCCGCGUCGACGCCCUGCCACUUUCCAUGACGAACGGCUCGACUGGGGACGUCGGCAAAGUCGGUGGGUCUACGUCCAUGUCGUCGUCACGCAGACCUCAUGCGGUGAAGCCUCUGAGUGCCCAGGAGCCGACUCCAGCCCCCCGAGCGCAGCCCAAGCAGGAGCAGACGCCAGCUGGCAUGGCUGAGAGCGCCCGCACCCGCGCCACCACCACCCCCGCCGUCGCCACCGCCAGCGCCACCGCCGCCGCCACAACAAAGGCGGCCCCGACCCAGGAGGAGCCCAAGGGUCCGUACUCCCAGCUGACCCAGGAGGAGCUGAUCGGCCUGGUGCUGCGGCAGCAGGAGCAGCUGGCCCAGCGGAGCUCCAAGAUCCAGGGGCUGGAGGAGUACAUCGACAACCUGGUGCUCCGCGUCAUCGAGGAGAAGCCCAGCAUCCUCAUGUCACUCAACGCCCCCAAGAAGGGCCUCUGAACACACACACACACACACACACACACACACACACACACACAAACACACACACACACACCUCGGCAUGUAAAGUAAAGAACUGCUCCUAAAUAUACACACCAUUCUAAAUAUAGACACAUACACACACAAACCAGUAUGUAAAGAACUGCCCCUAAUUAUACACAUCAGUCUGAGUACAUCGUUUAGGCCCUGUUGUAUGUACACACAGACAUGCACGCACGUACGCACGCACACAUGUCAAAGAAUGUCCGCUAUGUAUUCACAUCAGUCCACCAGGACCCCUCACGCCACACGCCAGCAUGCCUGAAACAUCUCCUUAUCCCCUCACGCCCAAGAAGGAUGUAUUAUAACACUGAUGCAGUAUACCCUGGAGGGGUAUCAGGAAAUGCCCCAGGGGCAGUGUAGUCCGGAGGGGUAUCAGGAAAUGCCCCAGGGGCAGUGUAGUCUGACGGGGUAUCAGGAAGGUAAACUGAAUGUAAAGAGUGAAUGAAGCACAUUGCAAAAAGUCUCAAUACUAUGCACAGCUUUGGCUGAGGUUUUUGUUUGUUUGUUUGUUUUUAUUUUUAAGCAAGGGUUCUGAAAGUUAUUUGUUUACAGCUGCCUGCAAACACUAGCAUGUCAAUGGACAAUGAAGGCCACAAGCCAUCUGGUAUGCCAGCCCCAAUGUGUACACAUACCCAAUCAAUAGAGCAAAAGAAUAAUAUUCACUCUGCAAUCUUGUGUGCCUUUCUUGAGUAUUUUAUAUGUUCGCUAUCAGAUUGAUUGAUGGCUGCUUCGAAGUGAACGUUUGCACUUGAAUGGAACCACAACAAUGAAGGCUAACUGGAAGACAAGAAGCCAGAGUUCAGCAAGAGCACUUCAAUAUAUAUAUGUGUAGCACUUUAAUGAAGCCUUUUGAACUGUCUGUCUCUCACUGUCUUUGUAAUAUUUCUUGUUAUAUUUCAACUGUCGAACAACAUGCAUCAGGCUUCUGUUCCACAAUUCCAAAAGCACUGUAAAUGUGUGUCGUUUAAAUGCUGUGUCAGAAAAACAAUAAAAAUAUAUAUAUUGCUAUCAUUUCA